AGUUAUUGUUCAUUUUUAUGUCAAGUGACAAUUGCAACGUACAAAGUGCCCGUGUUCAGUCAGUUAUCUCGCUUGUUUCUAGCAGAUUGUGCUACUCAGUCUUGCUUGCAAAUGUACCACGUACAGUGUCUAUGGUCUAACUGCGAUGCUCGAUUGCUGGUAAGGUGAAUGUAAAAGUCAUGACGGAAUCAUCUGAGGUUUUUGUUCAAACGAGACGUUUAAGAAACGUUACAAUACCGUCAACGCAGUUUCAACACGAUCAUGUGAUUUAUAGCAUCAAGGUGUGCUUGCAUGAUUGCUCGUGGAUUGUACGUAAAAGAUAUCGGGAAUUUAUUGAACUUCAUGAAAAGUUGUCAAACGAAUUUCCAAUCGACGUCAAGAUGAUCACCUUUCCACCCAAAAAGUUGUUUGGAAACUUGAACCACGAUCAUGUGGAGAAGAGACGCGGUUUACUUGAAACAUAUUUACAAAAUGUUGUUGCAAACUUGAACGAAAUACCCCGAGUCCUACAAACGUUCCUCGAGUUUCACAUUUAUGAUGUGUUGGCAGUAACUCAAACAAUGGCCGAGCAGCUUUUCAAUACAGGUGAUGGCAUUCUGUCCCAAAAAGAGGUAUUCAAAGUCACGCCUUUGCAACUUUACUGCAUUUCGAAAAGGUUGAAAAUGCCGAUUCCAACUUGUGGUGGUAACGGAUAUCUUUAUGACGUUGGCAAUCUCUAUGAUAUUGUUUGUCGUGUCCAAAGUGUUCAGAUCAUCGAGGAUAACAAGCACAAAGAUGUCGAUUUUUUCGACGAAGCGAUAUUCUUUGAUCUGUCCAUUUUUAAAAAGCUCAAUGUCUUGCAGAUAUCGAAAUGCAACGUAGAAAAACUUAAAGGAAUUUAUCUUUUACAAGAAAAUCUCGAGAAGCUUGUUGUCCAUGAUUCGCUCCAUCGUCUUAAGGAUGUAUUAAUCGAUCGAGAAGUCUGUAUGUAUAAGGAUAUUUUCUUGCAAGGAAGUUUGAACGCAUCGAUGUGGAAGCUUUUGACUGAUGUCGACUUCAGUCGGAAUCAUAUAUCUUACAUUGAUGAUUCUGUGACUUUGCUUCGUGCUCUAUCGAGAUUGAACUUAAGUUAUAACAACAUCCGGGACGUCGAGCAUUUGCAGGAUCUUCCAAAUCUUCGAAAGUUGGACUUGUCUUAUAAUUUGUUUGAAAGCCUCGAAUCCAUUCAUAGAAAGUUGGGCAACAUUGAGUCUCUUAGACUAGCCGGCAAUAAGUUGAAUGCGGUUGGAGACUUGCCGAAGCUGUUCUCUUUGGUUAAUCUUGAUCUUAGUGAAAAUUCUAUAAGCGAGGUUAGCGAUGUAAUUCGUCUUGCCAAACUACCGUGCUUGGAAAAUUUAAUUUUGCUUGCGAACUCUGUACGAUAUGUACCUAUGUAUCGCAUGCUCAUGUUAGUUGCUUUCGAAGACAGAGUUUCUCAAAUAUGUCUCGAUAAAGUCCUUCCAACAGAAACGGAAAUCAAAAAUGUGAUGCAGAUCCUGGAGGAAGAGAGCCUUUUUGAAAUUAUCGAUCCUCUUGACGGUCAAUCCGACCGAAGAAGGAUUAAAAAUGGCCACAAGAAGGUAGCUUGUCGGAAAAUAGACAUUUCGAAUGAAAAUUGUUCUGAUCGUAAUGACGACUGUAAAGCAAGGCAGUUUGAGCUUUCGGGUGAAACGCGAGAAUUUCGAAAACUAGUAGAAAAGGUUCGUCGGCUCGGUGGUGACGACUGGCUGGGACUGCUUAACGAGAUACAAAACAAGAAAAAGGAUGGUUGCAAUUUAAGAAAUCGUCAAGAAUCCGCUGGUCAAGAUACUAAUGUCGCGUGCGCAAGUUCUGCCAUCAAUUCCAACUCGGCAGAAAAGAAAACUCAUUUGUUGUCUGAUGAAGACUCUGAAGAUGUUGUUCAACAGUUUGGAUUUUCCUUGGAACUUGAAAACCUGGUACAAUUGACCAUGAAGAAGGAACGUGAUGCGCUAGUGGGAUGGUUUUUUGCCUGCGCCACCGGCAUCGAUGACGAGCAAGAACUCAUGAUUGGAAUCGACUUGACGAAAGAAACGUUGAUCGAGAUCGUCGUGGUAUCUGGGGAAACUUUGAGAAAACUCGAUCUAAAUUGUGCGUCGAGCGUUGAUGUUUUGGAGACCUCAAAAGGAAUGUUCGUGGAGCUCGCUGUCCGCGAUCUUCCUGCUAUUAAGUAUCGCAUGAGGACGAUGAAAGAUACCUCUGAACUAUUUGUUCUACUUCAUAAGUUUGUGAGACGAUCUUCCAGAAAGAGGUAUUCGGAAAGAGCCAAUUCACUGUCGUCACGCGAAACUAUCGCUAGUGACGUCAAGUUGACUUAUGGCAACCCGAUUGGCUUAUCAGAAGAUUUGUUGAAAAAGUUUUUAAAUCGGCAAAUUUCUUCACUAUCCAAAAAUGAUGUUAUGGAAUCGAUGCAUCAUCGUGAAGAUACGGUGCAUCGUCGUGAAGAAACGGCGAAGUAUCGUGAUGAGACGGUACAGUCGAUUUUUUGGACGAACUGUUUACUUUACGCCUUCCCUGAACACGAGCUUCAAAUAUGCCUGGUUAUGACAAACUUCAAAUUGUUAUUGUUCAAGUUGAUCGAUUACUUUAACUCAUCCAAAAAUAUUGAAGAAAUAUUUUUGCCAAUGUUUUGCGUGUCACUCGAUGAGAUUUCCUGCGUUGUUCGUGGAAUAUUUGAUUUGACUCUCCGUCUUGAAUGCUCUGCACGUGGUUUUCAUGGAACGUUCACAUUCCUCGUGUGUGAUCCGGACGUCACCGACAUGUUCAUGCAAUCUCUGCAAUCGUCAUUGCCAUUGUCCAGCGGUAGAAUGUUGGACAUGCUCAGUUGUGAUGUCCUAAACUUGAACGACUACCUUCUCGAGAAAAUGAAACGGGAGAUCGCAAUGUCUUGUGAGAAGAAGUUUGAAGAAGACGAGCAUGUGCUUGUGUAUGCCAUAGUCAAAGAACUCACACUUAAAAACGCAAAAUCAACUCCAAAAACAGGUGUUUUUACGUCAUCAGAAAAUGAGGAUACUCGCUCCAUGAUGAAUUCACAUAGUGACGUGUUGUUUUCGAGCGUAACACGAAGUUUGGUUCUGACGAACUAUAACAUCUUCCUUUGCGAGGAGGAUCACCUUCAUUGGCCAUUGCCUAGUUACAUUCGUGAGGCCCCAUCUACUCCACAAUGGGCUGUGAUCAAACAUGAUGACGUCAAGCAUAUCGUUGGCAUCGAAAUCUAUGACGUCACUGGUGAUCCUGCGUUUGUUGGAAGCUGUGGUAUGACAUUAAUCAUUGAUGCGAAUCGUCAGGAAUACUUACAUCGUGCAUCGUGCAAGGAAGAGUCGUCUUUGCGCGUUGGGGAAAAUCGAGAGUUGAAAUUAAUUUUCAAAUUAUUCGAAGAACGGGCACAGUUUCAGCGGUCACUUUCUCAAAUGUGGUCGUCGAAAUUUCACGGCAAACUUCAAGUGACCGAGUCCAGCGCAUUAUCCUCUUUAAAGAUUUCUCAAACCCUUCGAUCAGAUGUCACUGAGCCUAUUUUCCAGGAAGGCUUUGCUGCUUGUAGUUCCGAAGACUCUCAUAAUUCUAAUGAAAAAUGCCAUCGGCAAAAUGGAUGCCGGCAAUCCAGUUCAACACCUCCCAAAGAUGCAGUUUACCAAUCAAUUCAUGAACUACGCAAUGCGCGUACGGCAGUACUUGAGAAUUAUUUCUCAGAAACAUUACGUAAGAUUUCUGGAAACGACAUGUCCGAGAUCCUCGUGUAUAGUGCGUGGACAGACUGCAUAGCCUACAUGCACCCCGAACGAGAAGUUCACGUUUGGCUAAUUUUAUCUUGCUCGAAGAUCUAUGUCGUUGCCGAUGGCGAGGAGAAAACAUUUUUUUCAAGUGCGUAUGAUGCUCUAUAUGGAAUCGGUGGAAAACUUUGUGUUCAUUGGUUGCCCUUUGUAGCGAUACGUCAAGUCUGUGUCGGUCUUUUUGAUCAGACUUUUCGGGUGGAGACGGAUGACCCCGCCAAUACUUAUACUUUCAUUACACGUGACUAUCACGUGACAAGUUCCUUUAUAGAAAACCUCAAGAACGCGUUAAAAGCUAUGGCAGUGGAGCCUAAUGCCAGGCCUAAAACUGUGGACAGCAUUCCGAGUAUCUACGACAAUUAUCAAAGUUCAGAAAUAGGCAGCGAACAACUCGAAUCAUUUCAUCAUUCAAAUGGCGUUAUACAGUUUGUCUACCCAAACGACGAUACAGUAGAGAUUUUGAAGCAUAGCAUCCUUGUGUAUGAUUGUCAGACUAAAAUAUUCAAAUGUUUGAAUGAUAUUAGUAUAUUACUUUACCUUUUAAUGUUUCAAGUUAUUGAGCGUAAAAAGUCUUCAAGAACGUUCAUCGUUUUGAAUGACGCGCUCUGCACUUGCAUUGAAAAUCACGUUAACUUUCCUUUGCCGCUGUUCGUGAAAGGUUUGCCUGCAGGCUCGCGCUAUGACAUUCAGCUUCUUCGGCGAAUAACCGACGUCAGACGAGUCGAGUUCAGCGGUUUUUGCUCUCUUGAUUUUACGGUAGUUUUCAGUGACGGACAUGAAGACGGGAAAUUGCUGUCAAGUAUUACACAAUUGAAAGACCGCUGGCAUAUGAUAGCGCAGACGUACGAAGAGAGAGAGAAAGCGCUGGGGAUAAUUGCUAGAGUAUGGAAGGAGAAUUUUGGCAAGGAUUUGCCUGUUGUAAAAGUUUGAAGAUAUCGCAGUGCAUGUUUCUAUUUGUAUGGAAGUUUGUUGGUCGAAGAGUUAGCUAGAGUAAAGAUAUAUACAUAUUUAUAUACUUAUAGAUAUUAAUUUAAUAAAUAUAGUUAGUUUUUUC